AGUGGACGCGUAUCUCCCGUUCAGCCAGUACAGCACCAAGCUCAAGUGUGCACAAUGGCGAAUCUUGCCAGGAGAUUUAUUUUAGUCUGGCUGAACGGGAGACUAAAAAAGGUUGUUUUGUGAGUUUUGUUUCGAUUGUUGUGGUUAAGUGUAGUGCUUGUGUCGAUGCUUUGGCUGGAUCGAUAUUGGGUCUAACCUGACCGAUCCCAUGUUCCAGGGAAUCUACAAUGGAACCAGCAAACACCAACCAGACUUGCAGAAUGUUUUAGAGCGUGGCUGGGCAGCAGGACUGCAAAAAAUUAUCGUCACCUGUGGCACAAUCAACGAUUGUGAUCCAGCAUUCGACAUUAUUAAUGGGAACGAUCGUUUAUACACUACCAUUGGAUGUCACCCUACUAGGUGUAAAGAGUUCGAGAGCGAUCCAGAAGUUUACUUCCAAUCGUUGUGUAACAAAAUCGAGGAAAAUCGGGAAAAGGUGGUAGCCAUCGGGGAAUGCGGACUCGACUAUGAUCGGUUGCAGUAUUGUGAGAAAGAUGUCCAGAAAAAGUACUUUGAAAAACAACUUGAUUUGGCGGAAAAGUAUAAUCUGCCGCUAUUUUUACACUGCCGCAAUGCACACAGCGACUUCAUAGAUAUUUUGGAAAGAAAUCUUACGAAGAUUCCCAAACGAGGCGUAGUGCACACCUUUGAUGGGUCUCUGGAAUAUGCUAAGCGCUUGAUCGAGCUGGGUUUCUACAUUGGUAUAAACGGAUGCUCGCUUAAAACCGAGGACAAUUUGAGUGUGGUAGCGCAGAUACCAGAUGAUAAAAUAAUGGUCGAGACCGAUUGCCCAUGGUGUGAAAUACGGCCAUCACAUGCUGGUUUUAAGUUCGUUAAGACAAAGUUCCCAUUGGUGAAGAAAAAAGAAAAAUGGGACAAGGACAUGCUGAUCGCGGGUCGCUGCGAACCGGCAAUGAUACUCCAAGUGUUGGAAGUAUUGGCCGGUAUUAAAAGCAAACCUAUAGAAGAAUUGGCUGAUGAGUACUACAAAAACACCGUCAGAAUGUUCUUUCAAAAUGUAGAAUAAAAAGGAUAAAAUCAA